GGCCGGGGGAGGGGAGGCAAGAUGGCGGCGGCGGCGGCGCUGAGGGUGAGGUGAGACGCCGCGCCCGCCCAGCCCCGCCGGGACCCGCCGACUCCCGCCGCCCGGGCCGCCCCCGUGCCGCGCCUCGGCGGUUUCCUAGAAACAUGAUUGCUUGCUGGUCUUGAUCUCACAGUUUUGUGGAGACUCCUUCCCUGAUAAUGUCAAGUUCAGGCUACCCUCCGAACCAAGGAGCUUUCAGCACGGAGCAGAGCCGGUACCCGCCCCACUCUGUGCAGUACACCUUCCCCAGCACCCGCCACCAGCAGGAAUUUGCUGUUCCCGACUAUCGCUCCUCUCACCUGGAGGUCAGCCAGGCCACGCAGCUCCUGCAGCAGCAGCAGCAGCAGCAGCUCCGGCGCCGGCCCUCGCUGCUCUCCGAGUUCCACCCAGGCUCUGACAGGCCUCAGGAAAGGAGAACUGGAUAUGAACAGCAGUUCCAUCCAGGCCCAUCUCAGACUGAUCAUGAUUCUCUGGAAUCUAAGCGACCACGUCUUGAGCAAGUGUCUGAUUCCCAUUUCCAGCGUGUCAGUGCAGCCACUGUCUUGCCUUUAGUGCAUCCUCUGCAGGAAGGGUUGAGGUCUGCAGAUAUUAAGAAGGACCCAGCUUUUGGAGGAAAGCAUGAGGGACCAUCUUCUCCAAUUUCUGGUCAGCCUUGUGGGGAGGACCAAAAUGCUUCACCUUCCAAGCUGUCAAAGGAAGAAUUGAUCCAGAGCAUGGACCGUGUCGAUCGCGAAAUUGCAAAAGUGGAGCAGCAAAUCCUGAAACUGAAGAAAAAGCAACAACAACUUGAAGAAGAAGCUGCUAAGCCUCCCGAGCCGGAGAGGCCGGUGUCCCCUCCUCCCGUGGAGCAGAAGCACCGCAGCAUCGUCCAGAUCAUUUACGAUGAGAAUCGGAAAAAAGCAGAAGAAGCUCACAAGAUUUUUGAAGGUCUUGGUCCAAAAGUUGAAUUGCCACUUUACAACCAGCCCUCAGACACCAAGGUCUACCAUGAAAACAUCAAAACAAACCAGGUGAUGAGGAAAAAGCUGAUCCUAUUCUUUAAAAGAAGGAACCAUGCAAGAAAACAACGGGAGCAGAAAAUCUGUCAACGUUAUGAUCAGCUGAUGGAGGCAUGGGAGAAGAAAGUGGACAGGAUAGAAAAUAAUCCACGCAGGAAAGCCAAGGAGAGCAAAACACGGGAGUACUAUGAGAAACAAUUCCCAGAAAUCAGGAAGCAAAGAGAACAGCAAGAAAGAUUCCAAAGAGUUGGCCAAAGAGGGGCUGGCCUUUCAGCAACCAUUGCCAGAAGUGAGCACGAGAUUUCAGAAAUCAUCGAUGGGCUCUCUGAGCAGGAGAAUAAUGAGAAGCAAAUGCGCCAGCUCUCUGUCAUCCCUCCCAUGAUGUUCGAUGCAGAGCAGAGAAGGGUGAAGUUCAUCAACAUGAACGGCCUGAUGGAGGAUCCCAUGAAAGUUUAUAAAGACAGGCAGUUCAUGAAUGUCUGGACAGACCAUGAGAAGGAGAUUUUUAAGGAAAAGUUUGUCCAACAUCCCAAGAACUUUGGUCUAAUUGCUUCCUACUUGGAACGAAAGAAUGUUCCUGACUGUGUAUUAUAUUAUUAUUUGACCAAGAAAAAUGAAAAUUAUAAAGCCCUUGUGCGAAGGAAUUAUGGCAAACGCAGAGGAAGAAACCAGCAACAGAUUGCUCGUCCUUCUCAGGAAGAAAAGGUAGAAGAAAAGGUAGAAGAGGAAAAAUCGGACAAAUCAGAAAAAAAAGAGGAGGAAAAGAAAGAUGAGGAGGAGAAGGAUGAGAAGGAGGAAUCUAAAGAGAAUACCAAAGAAAAGGACAAAACUGAAGUUGCACCAGAGGAAACAGAGGAAAGGGAGCAGGCAGCUCCUCGGGGCCGAAAAACCGCCAACAGCCAGGGUCGGCGUAAGGGCAGAAUCACCAGAUCAAUGACAAAUGAAGCUGCACAAGCAAAUGCUGCUGCAGCUGCAGCCACUGAAGAGCCACCACCACCUCUGCCACCCCCACCAGAACCUUCCUCUACAGAGCCUGUGGAGACAUCCCGCUGGACAGAAGAAGAAAUGGAAGUUGCUAAGAAAGGUCUAGUGGAACACGGGCGAAACUGGGCAGCGAUUGCCAAAAUGGUUGGGACAAAAAGUGAAGCUCAGUGUAAGAACUUCUACUUCAACUACAAAAGGAGACACAACCUGGACAGUCUCCUCCAACAGCACAAACAGAAGUCCUCACGAAGGCCCCGAGAGGAGCGAGAUGUGUCCCAGUGUGAGAGCGUGGCUUCCACUGUGUCAGCUCAGGAGGAUGAGGACAUUGAAGCAUCUAAUGAAGAAGAGAACCCAGAAGACAGUGAAGGUGCUGAAAAUAGUUCUGAUACAGAAAGUGCUCCAUCUCCAACUCCAGCAGAACCUGCUAAACCAACUGAAGAAACUCCAUCUGAGCCUGCUGCUCCAAAAGUAACCACUGAGGCCCCAGCAGAGCAGGAAUCUGCCAUUAAACCUGCAACCAGCACAUCUCCCUCCUUACCAGCCCAAAGUGUAACAACAGCUGAAACUCAGAACCCUGAGCCACAGGUCAAGGAAGAAAUAAACACUGAGGCUGAGGAGCCUAUGGAGGUGGACAGUAGAAGCCAUUCAGCUGAAGCUAAGCCUGUGAUUACUCUUCCAGUUCAUACCAAAGUAGAACCUGUAGAGACUGAAAUGAGGCUACCGGAGAAUAUUCAAGUGAAAAUAGAGAGUGAUACCAAAGAGAGAGAGAUGGAGAAACCCAAGGAAAAGUCAGAACCAGAGGAAAUGGACUACAGCCUGUCCCAGCAAGUUACUGCAGCCAGACCAGAGUCCCAUUCAGAUAAUGACUCCAGUGCCACCUGCAGUGCUGAUGAGGAAGUUGAUGGAGAACCUGACAGACAGGGUAUCUUCAGCAGAGAGUCAAAGCCCUCACUGUUAAAUCCCACUGGGUCAAUCCUGGUAUCAUCCACGAUAAAGCAAGGGCAGAUGGAUCUGCAACAGCUUCACCACCGAGCUGCUGUCAUCCCACCUAUGGUUUCCUGCAGCCCCUGCUCUGUCCCCGUGGGCACCCCAGUCAGUGGUUAUGCUCUCUACCAGAGGCACAUCAAGGCCAUGCACGAGUCAGCGCUGCUGGAGGAGCAGCGGCAGCGCCAGGAGCAGCUGGACAUGGAAUAUCGGAGCGCUGUGAGCCCCUGUGGCACCUCCAAGAGCCCCAGUGUGGAGUGGGAAGGAAAACCAGUGGCCUAUAUGCCUUAUGCUGAGGUCAAGAGAAUAGAACAGGAAGCACAAGUGCAAAAUCCAGCCACAAGGUCAGCCUCACCCUACAGGUUAUCUCCAAGAGAAGUCAAUAAAGCCUCUCCCCAGCCUGAGAUGAAUGCAGCUCGCUACAGUGUCCCUCCAGUUCUCCAGCCAGCCCCUCACCAGGUGAUAACCAAUAUUCCUGAAGGAGUUCGCCUGCCCACAACCAGACCCACCAGACCACCACCACCUCUCAUUCCCUCCUCCAAAACCAGUGUGCCAUCAGAAAAACCUUCCUUCAUCAUGGGAGGCUCGAUCUCACAAGGAACACCUGGCACUUAUUUAACAUCCCACAGUCAAGCUUCCUAUGCCCAAGAAACUGCAAAGCCAUCAGUGGGUUCUAUAUCCCUUGGGCUGCCAAGACAGCAAGAGUCAGCCAAAUCUGCUUCUCUGCCCUAUAUCAAACAAGAAGAAUUCUCACCCAGAAGCCAGAAUUCCCAACCUGAGGGACUCCUAGUCAGGGCACAACAUGAAAGUGUGGUCCGAGGUACCACAACAAUACAGGAGGGGAGUAUAACACGAGGAACUCCAACCAAUAAAGUUUCAGUUGAGACCAUUCCUUCUUUGAGAGGCUCCAUAACUCAGGGUACCCCAGCUCUGGCCCAGCCCGGCAUCGCCGCCGAUGCCCUGCUGAAGGGAACCAUCACUCGCCUGGCCACCGAGGACAGCAGCCCAGAGAAGUGCAGGGAGGAGGCCUCAGCCAAGGGCCAUGUCAUUUAUGAAGGCAAAAGUGGGCAUAUUCUGUCUUAUGAUGCCAUUAAAAAUGUCCGUGAAGGAACAAGGAGUCCCAGAACUGCUCAUGAAAUUGGUUUAAAGAGAACCUAUGACACAAUGGAAGGAAAUAUAAAGCAGGGGAUGUCACUGAGGGAGUCUCCAGGGUCUGCACCACUGGAAGGUUUAAUCUGCCGAGCGCUGCCUCGGGGUAGCCCACACGCUGAACUAAAGGAGAGAACAGUCUUGUCUGGCUCCAUAAUGCAAGGCACACCAAGAGCAACAGCUGAAAGUUUUGAAGAGGGUUUGAAGUACCCCAAGCAGAUCAAGAGAGAGUCACCUCCCAUCAGGACGUUUGAAGGAGCCAUCACCAAGGGCAAACCCUACGAUGGGGUCACCACCAUAAAGGAGAUGGGUCGCUCCAUCCAUGAGAUCCCCAGGCAGGACCUCUUAAGCCAAGAGAGUCGCAAGACUCCUGAAAUGGUGCAGACAAGCAGGCCAAUCAUAGAAGGCUCCAUAUCUCAGGGCACACCCAUAAAAUAUGAAAGCAACUCUGGCCAGUCUGCCAUCAAACACAAUGUAAAAUCUUUAAUCACUGGACCAAGCAAGCUGCCCCGGGGAAUGCCUCAGCUGGAAAUGGUGCCAGAAAACGUGAAGGUGGUGGAGCGAGGAAAAUACGAAGAUGUGAAGACCGGGGAUGCCGUGCGGUCCCGUCACACGUCCGUAGUCAGCUCUGGUCCCUCUGUUCUCAGGUCAACCCUUCAUGAAACUCCCAAAUCACAGCUGAGCCCUGGGAUUUAUGAUGAUACAAAUGCUCGGAGGACACCUGUGAACUAUCAGAGUCCAAUGUCCAGGAGUUCACCUAUGAUGAAUAGAGUUAGUGAGGCUGGAGUAUCCUCUGGGAAGUCAGCAAAUCAUGAAAGGAAGAACACACUCACUCCAACACAGAGAGAGAGUGUGCCAGCAAAAUCCCCAGUCCCAGGGGUUGAUCCUGUAGUGGCUCACAGUCCUUUUGACCCUCACCACAGAGGAGCAACUCCUGAAGUCUACAGGGGUCACCUCCCUCCCCAUUUAGAUCCUGCUAUGCCAUUUCACAGGGCUCUGGAUCCUGCUGCUGCUGCUUACCUGUUCCAAAGGCAGCUGUCCCCCACGCCGGGGUACCCCAGCCAGUACCAGCUGUACGCCAUGGAGAACACGCGCCAGACCAUCCUCAACGACUACAUCACCUCCCAGCAGAUGCAAGUCAACCUCCGGCCCGAUGUCACCAGGGGAUUGUCCCCCAGGGAGCAAACUUUGGCACUCCCUUAUGCAGGAGCACGAGGAAUCAUUGACCUGAACAAUAUGGCCCCCACUAUCUUAGUGCCUCAUCCUGCAGGAACCAGCACCCCACCCAUGGAGAGAAUCACAUAUAUCCCUGGCACCCAGCUUACUUUCCCUCCCAGGCCUUACAACCCUGCUUCUCUGUCACCAGGACACCCCACACACCUGGCAGCUUCAAAUGCUGAAAGGGAACGGGAAAGGGAACGGGAGAAGGAACGGGAAAGGGAGAGGGAACGUGAACGAGAGCGGGAAAGAGAACGAGAACGAGAGAGGGAGAGAAUCACCUCAGUCCCUGCUGAGCUUUAUCUCCGACCAGGUGCAGAGCAGCCUGGCAGACCCGGCAGUCACGGAUACGUGCGGUCCCCAUCCCCCUCUGUCAGAAGCCAGGAAAACAUUCUGCAACAAAGGCCAAGUAUAUUCCAAGGAACCAAUGGGACAAGUGUAAUCACACCUUUGGAUCCUGCUGCUCAGCUACGUAUCAUGCAGCUCACCCCUGGAGCUCCCUCUAUCACUCAAGGCUUGCCAGCUUCCCGUUACAACACGGCUGCUGAUGCCCUGGCAGCACUCGUGGAUGCUGCAGCCUCUGCUCCUCAGAUGGAAGUUGCCAAAGCAAAGGAGAGCAAGCACGAAGGAACCAGGAUAGAAGAGAACAUGGGCCGCAGGUCAGCUGUGGUGACUGACCAGCAGCAGAUGGAGCAGAAGACCCUGGAGGUAGAAAAGAGGCCUGUGCAGUGCCCUUACACAUCUGCCAAUUACUCUGGUGGCAAGUCCCAGGGACAGACUUCAUCAGUAGUCUAUUCAGAGGCUGGUAAAGAGAAAGGACCUCCUCCUAAAUCCAGGUACGAGGAAGAGCUGAGAACUCGAGGAAAGACCACAAUUACUGCUGCUAACUUCAUAGAUGUGAUCAUCACUCGCCAGAUUGCUUCAGACAAGGAUGCUCGAGAUAGGGGCUCUCAAAGUUCAGAUUCUUCCAGUAGUUUGUCCUCACACCGGUAUGAAGCUCCUGGAGAUGCCAUUGAGGUGAUCAGCCCUGCAAAUUCACCUGUACCUGCUCAAGAGAAGCUACAGCCCUAUCAACAAGAGACACCCAAACCAAGCCAGGCAGAGACAGCUGACCCCAACAGGCCGUACGAGGGCCCCAUUCACCGCUACAGGACACAACAGGAGCCCCCCUCACCCCAGCAACCUCCACCUCCCUCCUCCCAGGCAGAAGGGAUGGCACACGUGCCCAGGACCCACCGGCUCAUCACCCUUGCUGAUCACAUCUGUCAAAUUAUCACACAAGACUUUGCUAGAAACCAAGCAGCUUCUCAGGCCUCUUUGCAGCCUCCCACCACUACAUUCCAGAAUUCCACCCCUGCUCCAGCGCCUGUUUCUGGCCGGGCAAAGACCUCGAGCCGCUACAGCCCCGAGGCGCAGCCACAGCCCGUGCACCACCAGCGGCCAGGGGCCAGAGUGUCCCCUGAGAACCUCUCUGACAAGGCCAGGGGAAGGCCUGGAAAAUCUCCAGAGAGGAGUCAUGUCCCCUCAGAGCCCUACGAGCCAAUCUCGCCACCUCAGGUCCCGGUUGUACAUGAGAAACAAGAAAAUGUUCUUUUGCUUUCCCAAAGAACUGAGCCUACUGAACAGAGGACUGACUCUCGCUCUCCAGGCAGUAUCAGUUACCUGCCUUCGUUUUUCACCAAACUUGAGAACACUUCACCAAUGGUAAAAUCCAAGAAACAGGAGAUAUUUCGAAAGCUGAACUCAUCUGGUGGAGGUGACUCUGACAUGGCAACUGCUCAGCCAGGGACUGAAAUAUUCAAUUUGCCAGCAGUCACUACCUCAGGUGCAGUCAGUUCUAGGGGUCACUCCUUUGCAGAUCCUGCCAGUAAUCUGGGUCUGGAAGACAUUAUUAGGAAAGCACUGAUGGGAAACUUUGAUGACAAGAGUGAGGAACACGGGGUUGUCAUGUCCCAGCCUCUCGCCGUGGCUCCGGGCAGCUCCGGCACCGCGGUACCGGCCACUAACGAGACACGGAGGGAAGAAGCCAAUCCAUCUCCAAAUUCAGGUGGGGCAGUCAGCAAGCAGAAGCUCAUCGGCAAGUCAAACAGUAGGAAGUCAAAGUCUCCAAUUCCUGGGCAGGGAUAUUUGGGAACUGAAAGACCUUCUUCUGUCUCAUCUGUACAUUCAGAAGGGGACUACCACAGACAGACUCCAGUGUGGGCCUGGGAAGACAGGCCUUCAUCAACAGGUUCCACCCAGUUUCCAUACAACCCUCUGACCAUGAGGAUGCUGAGCAGCACCCCCCCGACCUCCAUCGCCUGUGCCCCCCCGUCCAUGAGCCAAGCAACCACUCACCCACAGAACAGGAUCUGGGAGCGAGAGCCUGCACCACUGCUUUCAGCACAAUAUGAGACUCUGUCUGACAGUGAUGACUGAACUAUGCAGAUUUUUUUUUUUUUUUUAAUUUGCGGGUCAAAAAGAGAAAUCUAUUUUUGACUUGUGCCCACAGAGACUUUCCAAGAGAGCAAGGGCCACACAAUGAAGAAUUGCUGGAGAGUCCGUGAAAUGCCUUCUGCACAGGCUGUGUGUUGGAGCAUUGUGGUCGAGAAGGUUGACUUACUAAAGAUAAAUAUGUAAAGAGUUUUUAAAAAUGUGGACUAUUCCUGCUCUACAUCUAUUUGUAAAGAAAACCAUAAUGUCUUUUAAAUCAUUCUUCUGUAAAUAGAGAGUACUUUUUGCAGUGUUUUUUCCCUUGCUAUAGUAUCUGGUGUACUUAUGUUCAAAUCAUUGCCUAAACUUUGGGGGUCAUUUUGUAAUUUUUUUUAAGCAUUUUCUCCAGUGUAGAAUACUCUUCAUAACCCUAGCCUCCCUCUCAGCCUGACCUAACCAGAACCCCAACCUCCCAACCAUCAUUGCCCAUUUAAUGCCGUGCCACUUCCUGCAGGCAUUGUGCUUUUAUAUAUUUUUUUUUUCCCUAGACACACUUUCUCAGUGGUGUUCAAGCUCUUGUGAAAAUGUUGAUUUUUAAGACUGACCCCUUAGUGAAUUCUGUACAUUAACAUAACUCCAGUUCGCUGGAAUGAGAUGAUAUAUUUCUUUGGAAUUUGAAAUUCUGCCACAUUGUAAAUUUUUGGUGCAGUUGGUUUUGUUUAGCAACACUGCAGAAAUAUUAUUGCAUGGGUAUGUUAUGGUUCAUUUUUAAAAGGUUAAAGAAACAAAAAAAGAACAGCUUCUGGAGGCAUACCUCACUGUUAUGCACACUGGGAAUUUUAACUGUGCCCUAAAAGCCUAUUCUUAGUGUUCUCUGUUUCUGCAUUGUAUGCAGUCAAAACAGGCUACUAAAUUUUCCUGUCAUAUUUAACCACAGCAAAUGGCUUUUCUGAACAGAGGCUCUGGGUGGGUUGAUAAAUCCUUUAAGAAGAAAAAGCUCCACAUCCCAAGUUGAAAUAAAACAAAGUGCUUUUAUAGAAUAAUUGAGCAACACACGAGUCAACUACUUGGCUUCUGUUACAACCAGUUUGAAAUAGGUACUGUGAUUUUUUUUUUUCCUUCCUCCAAUCUGAUUUUAAAAUCUUUAUGUAAUAAUUAUUUUGAAGUCUGCGUCACAGUCCCUGUCCCUCUAAGCAAGCUUUUGGUGGAAGUCCUUACAAAUGCUUGGCUUAACUCCUGAAGUGUGCAAUACUUGUUAGGGUGAUUUUUAUUUUUAAAUUGUAUAUGGUACUAGGAGAGUCUCCUUAAUUGUUCAUCUAUCAAUGCUUGCUAUGGUGUGCUUGUAGCUCAUGUACACAUCCAUCCAUCUGGGCAGUGAUGGCACAGGCUGUCCUGACAUCCAUCUCCAAAAGCAUCUUCAUUUUAUGCUGCACUGACCUCAGGAAGAGAAUUCACAUCUUCCGGGGUGGAAGGACUGAUUCACAGAUAGCACUGAGCUGGGGGGUGGCGUGGUCUGUCAGAUUCCAAACUGCUUUUGCAUCUCAUUGAUCAACAGGGCCGUUGCCUUGGAGUUAUUUCCAGUGAGAAAUAUUUUGGGUUCUGCUGUAUUUGUGAUGCGUUGUAUGGAAGGUGUAAUGCAGUGUGUAACCUUGAGUUGUGUGAGCUCUGCAGCCCAUGGACUGUCUUGGUCCACUUACAAACAGGAAGAAGCACAGAACUAUUUAUCAAUAGCAAAUUUAUUUUCAGUCCUUUAAGAAAAGCCUUUUUGCCCCAAGUGUGGGAAACAAAAUUCCAAAGGAACUCAUUUGGAAACUUGACACUGUUGGAAAUACAGAACUAUUUUGCUACUUUUUUAAAAUACUGUAUCACAGUAGAUCCGUUGGCAGUCUUAAAUCUCCUCUCAGUCUUUCUCUGAGAAAGAUUCCUCUCAUCCUCCCCUCCUUUACCCUUCCGGCUUGAAGCAGUGAAGUUUUCAUCCUGUUUGUAGAUCAGUGCUCUUAUUUUAACUUUCUCUUUUGGUUCCCACAGCAACAUAUACUGGAAAACGAGUUGAUCUGCCCUUUUUGUAGAUUUAAAUUUGGAGUGGAGAGUUAAGUUCCAUUCUUAAACUCACUUGUUCUCACUUUCUUAGUGUAACAAAUACAAUGUGAAAGAGGCAUGUACAGACAAAUGUCUUUGCUACCUGUACAGUAAGUAUAGCAUGUUCAUUGCAAAACUUCAUAUUACUGCUGCAGCAGCAGCAAGAUAUCCAAAGUAGGAUAGUCACAAUCUCCUAAGAUACAGUUUGAGUGGCAUUUGCACAUAAAAUGUUGCUGCUUUUUUUUGUUUGUUAUCCGAGUUUUAACUUCUCCAGUGUAAAAACCUCUCCAGAGCCUAAGUUAGGGUUUACCACAAUUCCAGUAAUCUUCAAGUAUGGAAUUACAUCUGCCCUGUUUCAAACAGGAAGGUGUUUGUAAGUCAUGUUUACAAAGUGUAGUUUACUACAAAUUUUUACCUGAUUUCUGAUCAGCGCUUUCACAAUGCUUUCAUCUUGAUAUGGUUCGUGAUUCUGAUAUGAAAUCAUUUAAGACUUGAAAAACCCAUGCAUCAUAAUUUCCACACAAUGUCUUCACUAGACAGUGACUUCUGGAUUCAGACCAAUCAAUAAAGGGGAUCAGUUCUCCACUUGC